CUCAUCUCUGCUGUCUGUAUCCUAUUCCAGAACUCUUCCAGCAAUCCUCAUUUGUUUGGUGGUACAUCUUGACGCUUGCUCAUUGAGGUGGCUUGUGAACUGCUUCCUCUUGUGGUGAAAUAAUGUUCAGCUCUACCUUCAAAGCUGAUCGCCUCCGGGUUAACUUGCAUCUGGUUAUCAAUCGCUUAAAACUCCUGAAAAAAAAGAAAAUUGAACAGACUCAGAGAGCAAGGAAGGAGGUUGCAGACCACAUGGCCACUGGGAAGGAUGAGAGAGCCCGGAUCCGUGUGGAGCACAUUAUCCAGGAAGACUACCUUGUGGAGGCCCUAGAGGUUCUGGAACUGUACUGUGACCUGCUACUGGCUCGGUUUAGCUUGAUUCAGGCCACAAAGGAACUAGAUUCUGGUCUGGCUGAAUACAUAUCUACACUAAUCUGGGCAGCUCCCAGACUGCAGUCAGAAGUACCUGAGCUGAAAACAGUAUCUAAUCAGCUGUGUGCAAAAUACAGCCAAAAGUAUGGUCAACUCUGUCAAACAAAUGAAAUUGGAACUGUCAACUCUCAGCUAAUGUGUAAAUUAAAUGUGAACACUCUACCCCAGGUUCUAGUGGAACAGUACCUGGUAGAAAUUGCUAAGAACUAUAAUGUGCCCUAUACAUCCAAGACAAGCGUUAUGAAUGAUGACUAUAAGAAGAAUGAUUUGCUUCCCUCACUGGUUCUUAGUCCAGGACUCAGCCCCCAAACUUCUUCAAAGCCAGAAUCAAGAACCAAGAUUGGUUUCCAUAACUUUAUGCUGUCUAAUUUGCCUGAUGUAAAACCUCAAGCAAGCCUGUCCAUCGACCCUUAUGAUUCCGAAGAGGUUGACUUGGAAGACCUUAACCAGAGACUUGAAAUGCUGAAGAAAAUGAAUUAAUUUCUUGGUCCUUGAAUUGAGCAUUUGCCUGGGAAUCAGGACUGGGUGUGAAUUUUAGCAUAGCUAUCUUUGUGUGGGUCUGAAGCUUUCUUGUUCACAAUUCCUUCCAUUUAUUAAAUUCUAUAUUUCUCUGCCUACUGUAAUAAUGUGUAAAUGUGUGUCUGUGUACACACAUGUAAUUAUUUCUGUCCCCUCAAAUUUGAAAUACUUAGAUGAAGAUUCUUGACCUACAGAAUAUUAUUAAUUGAGGUCAAUAAAUUUUCCUCUGGAUCUUUAAUUAUCCCAUAAUUAUCUCUUUUUUUUCAGGUAGGCAGAAUGGUGUGAAUUUUAAAUCCCAUCUCAUACUACCUAUAUGACUUUUAGCAAAUGGUGCCUCCUGUCAAAUGUGUAUGAAAGAACUCAAAAGCUAGAGGAAAAGAUCUUUUAAUAAAUGAGUUUUGGGGGGCUGGGAAGAUAGCUAAGUGGCAGAGUGUUUGCUUAU